AUGUGAUCGAUAUACAUUUGAUUUUACAGAAGUAUAUUUAAACUUGUAGUGACCUGCAACUAAUCAGUUAUUAUAUUUCAUUUAAACACAACGUACAUACAAAUACAAUAAAAAAUAAAAUAUAACAUUUGUUAUUUUAAAAGAAAGUAAAUAAAAUUUGCUUUACUUCUUACUUACUAUAAAUAUUUAGUGUUCUAAAAUAAUACAAUUAUGUAUUAAAAUCAAUAUACAUAUGUUCCCAGAAAGAAAUAUGACGAAGGGGAAAUCGAUUAAAGUCAUAGAAGGCAAAGUGCUCAACUUCGACCAUCUCAUAUUUUGGGUGGGAAAUGCAAAAACAGCAGCUAGUUAUUUCGUGACUCGCUUUGGUUUUAAGCCGUUCGCAACUCGGGAACCGACUGAAGGCAAGCCGGUGUUGUCCCACGCAGUGAAGCUCAAUCAGAUAACCAUUGUAUUUGAAUCACCAACCACUGCGGGCGGCACAUUAGUGAAAGAUCUCGAGGCUCACGGGGAUUUUGUAAAGGAUGUGGCUUUUGAAGUAGAGGCAUUGGAUGAACUGGUGCGACGUGCCAGAGAUGGUGGCGCUAAGCUAGUAGCUGACGUAACUGAAGAGAAAGAUGAAGACGGAGUUAUCAGAUACGCGAUUUUAAAAACAUACGGCGAUAAUACGCACACGCUUAUAGACAGAUCAAAAUACAAAGGGCUGUUUCUACCUGGAUAUAAAACAGUCGAGGACGAUCCUGUCAACGAUCUUUUACCACUUACGAAUUUAAUGUAUAUUGACCACGUUGAAGGAAAUAUGGCUGAUGGAACCUUAGCAGACUCUGUAGCUUGGUAUGAAAAAAACCUCAACAUGCACAGGUUUUGGUGUGUAGACUACAAUCAUGAUAUUGUCCCGUAUUCUUGCAUCAAUUCAGCGUCUGUCAUCAAUAAAAAUGAAACUGUGUUGUUGUCUAUGAACGAAGCUGCCAAAGGGUUGCGUGUCAGCAAAGCCACUGAAUUCGUCAAGGCCCUUGGCACAUCAGGUGUGGAGCAUGUAGCUUUGUAUACCGACGAUAUCAUUACCACGAUGCGUAACCUGAAAGCACGAGGUGCUGAGAUUCUAGCUUUCCCUCCAACAUACUAUGAUGUUAUAAAAGGGAAAUUAAAAGGCAGUUCUGUGAAGGUGGCAGAGAGUCUCGACGCCAUGAAGGAGUUUAGUAUACUUAUAGACUUUGACGAUAGAGGAUAUAUGCUGCAAGCCUUCAUGAAGCACUUACAACCGCGACCCACUCUUUUCAUAGAGAUAUUGCAGAGAAGGAACCAUAGAGGUUUUGGCGCUAUGAACUACCAAUGGGUCUUUGAAGCAAUCGAACUUCUUGAGGCUACAUCCGAAAAUAAACUAAAAGAAAAAGCCGUCGACAACAAAUCUUAGAGUUAUCUAUGAUAUUAAAAAGCAACUCAUUGUACUUAAUUCUGCAAAUAUAUUACAAUACAAUAAAAUACAUAUAAUCUCUACAAUUAAAAUUCUUUAUUUUUUUAUAAAAAG